AUGGCUUCGCAGGUCGUUUCUCAGGGUCGUCGACAGAUUGACUUGGAAGGUGUCGAGGUAUUUUCAGCUAGUGAUUCAUUUGGUAUCAUCCACAACCGGGACCAAAAGGACUCGGAGGAAGAUGCCAACUUUAGUGACCGGCAAGAAGCAGAGGCGACACAGUCAGAGGAGACUCUCCCAUCCCUAGAUCGCAGCGAAUCUCCGUCGACUGAUAGCCUGAGCACCCUCAAUUCGGAUAGAUUUGAUGAGAGCGUUUUUACGUUCCAGGAGGCUGAGGGGGAAGAGAAUGUCGAGUUUGAACGGGAUAGUGGGAGCGACGAUAUUCUACGCCUCAAACCUACGUUGAGACAGUGGGAGGAUUUCCCAUCUCUUUUAUCAUUUGCGCGUGCUCACAACGCGGAACUUGAUGGUUGCUUCAAGAUUGUCCUCCCAGAUGGUGCUCUUGAAGCAAUUCCCGAAAAGCCAGCUCAACUAGUUGACGCAAAUGCGUUUACGCCGCAAUUGCUCCGCCCCUCUCGCAUUUGGCGAGUAAACACUAAACCGACAACAGGCAAAUUUCCGUCUUCAUCUGAUAUUAAAGAAUCUAACUUCACCGGAAACGCCACAGAAGCCGCGAAGCGACUUUCAAAAAUCUUUUCUAAGAGCAGGAAUCGCCAAAUACGUGAUGUGCGGUACCGAGUUGAUGUUCCGGCUUGGAGCGCGGAACAGAGGCUUGCAGCUGGGGUGCCUGAGAAGAGCCCCCUUCACCCAUUGAAGGGUGACAAACUCGAUCUGACCAAGGCCAUCAUACCUGGUAUUCAUACACCUUAUGUUUACGAGUCCGGGCCUGCUUUUGGUGCUACCUUCCAGCUCCAUGCCGAAGAUUUCCGUCUAUCAUCUCUCAACCAUUUGUACAAAGGACGAAAAAUUUGGAUAAUCAUACCUUCGGCAGCAGUUGGCCUUGCCGAGGAACAGCUCGGCCGCAACGAAAGAUGCUCGCAGUUCAUGAGGCAUCGUGCCGAGUUUGUGUUUCCCGAAAAGCUGGAGCGCCUGGGCAUUCCGUUUCGGUUGAUUGACCAAAGCCCCGGCGAGACGAUUGUGAUUCUCCCAGAUGCAUAUCACGAGGGAUUUAGUACGGGAUAUACUUUGGCGGAAGCCAAGAAUUAUGCCGAGGAGACAUGGAGCACUGAAACAUACCAACCAUGUGACGCUACCUGUCAAUUGGCCACCGCUAUACCUGGCGAUUUCAUGAGAAUUAUCGAGGACGGCGAAGACCGGCUUGACUUAUGCUCAUCGUACGGUGAUGACUCUCCUGAUUCAAUGAAACGGGAGCUGGAUGAAGAAGAUAGCGCUCCCGAAGAACCCACGGAACAGCAAGAACAGCGACCGCGGAAAAGGAUCAAGUGGAUUAAAGGUGGUAUGUCUUCUAAUGCGUCCAAUUUGGACUUGUAG